AUGAGUGAUUUAGAAAGUGAGAAUGACCCAACCAAUAGACAAUCAGAUAGACUACGAGAAAAGUAGAAGAGAAAGUAUAACAUGUUAGGUACAUUAGUAGGUACAACUUAAUGGAAGAAGAAAACUACCGUGAAGAGUAAAAUGGAAUUAGUAAUGAAAGACGGUCUGCUAGAGCGAUCAAGAGGAAUUAUGCAGCUACAAUGAGUGAGGAAGAAGAGUCAAUGAAUGAACCAACUUUAGAAAGUGAAUCAAGGCGUAUAUUCGUUCCUGAGAUUGAUCAAAUUUUGUGGCGAAAAACUGACCCACAUACAGAGACUAUUUAAUAUUUGGUUAAAUACAAAGACCGAAGCUAUUUCCAUACAGAAUGGCUUGAUGAAUUGAGAGUAUGUUGAAUUUAUUCAUAAUGGUCAGAUCCUUAACGAGAAGAAUGGAAAGUAGAAAAUCAACAGAUUCAAUAAAGUGUUUGAUAAACGUAUUAUGGAAGAAUUCGAUGAAGUUGUAGAUGCUCAGUAUUUUGAUCCAGCAUUUCAAGAAGUUGAUCGAGUAUUAUCAUGUACAGAAAUAUUUCCAAUUGUUCAUCCAAAAAAAGGAUCAGAAAUGAAAGGUAAGUGGGCAGAGAGUCUAACUAAAGUGAUGUCUCAUUUACUUAAUUUUAGUAGGAAUCAAAUUCAUUAUGGAGUAUACUUUUUAGAAAGUAAAGCAAUCCUUGAUUUUGGCACCAUAAAUAAUCGUUUAUAUUUAGGUUAGUACAAAACAAACAAUGAUUUUUGGAAUGAAUUGGGAACAGUAUUUAGAAGUGCUAAUCAAGAAUUUUAAGAAAAUAGUGAAAUGAGAUAAAUUAGUGAUACUUUAAGAGAAUGUGCAAUUAUUCUUUAUAAUUAAUGGUAUGAAGAAGCCAAAAAGAAUUAUGAAUAAAAAUUAUCUCAAUAAAGAUAUAUUAAUGAAGAAUCAUAUAAAAAUAAAGUUAAUGAUGCUCAUAGAAAUGAUAUCAUGCCUGAAUUAAAGAAGGAAAAAAUAAAUGAAUUAGUACUUAAUGUCUUGAAUAUCAUUGAUGAAAAAUAAUAUACUAUUUAAGAAAAUCUAUCAGAAAUUGAAUCUAUUAUAUAAGAUAAGUUGAACAUAAAAUUAGAAAUUAAGAAUGAAGAAUUUUUUGAUCUUGAAGAUUAUCUAAGAUCUUAACUCUAAACCAAAGAUGUUGAUGUAGCUUAGGAAAUGUAAUUGGAAAUGUUAGAUUUCUAAUAAUAAAUGGAUAGUGUUGAUCCAGAUAUAGAAGCUUGGAAUCCAGGAGAUAAAUCUUUUGAUUGGUUACAAAUGGAUACUUAAGAAAUCAAAAACUUAACUGAAUUAGAAAUACAAAAAUUAUCAUAAGAGCCUGAUCGUUUAUACUUGGUCAAAUGGAAGCACUUAUCUUACUUAGAAGCUACAUGGGAACCUGAAUCUUUGAUAGAUUGUAGAUAAAAGAUUUAAGAAUUUAAAUAAUUUAAUAGAAGUUUAGAUAAAGAAACAAGAAAUUUAAUGAUGUAAUAAAAUUCUAAUCAUAAAACUCUUGUAGAUUUUGAAUUAGGACUUAGAAAAAAGAAAUUAUCUAAUCUUUAAAUUAGUGAGAUUAGAAAUUAAUUGUAUUUCUUGAAUCAAAGAAAACCACCUCAUGAAUAUACUUAACUUACACAAACUAUUUAUAAAGAUAGAAGAUUAUUGAGAGAUUAUCAACUUGAUAGUUUGAAUUGGCUCAUUAGAGCUUGGUAUGAAGAUAGAAAUGUUAUUUUAGCAGAUGAAAUGGGAUUAGGUAAAACUAUACAGACAAUUGCAUUUUUAAAUCAUUUAUAUAAUUUUGAAAAUUAUAGAGGACCCUUUUUAAUCAUAGCACCAUUAUCAACAUUAUAACAUUGGAAACGUACUGUUGAAGAAUGGACUAAUUUAAAUGCUGUUCUAUAUUAUGAUUAAGAAAGUAGUGCUGGUAGAGCAUUAUGUAGAUAAUAUGAAUUUUUCUAUACUGAUAUUAGUAUGAAAGGUAUUGUACUCCAAGCUUCUGAAAUUUAUAAAUUUUAAAUCUUGAUAACUAGUUAUGAAGUCUUUAUGUAAGAUUUUUAAACUAUAUUCAUUAAUAUUCCAUUUUAAUAUAUUGUAGUUGAUGAAGCUCAUAAAUUAAAAAAUUCAAAUGCUAGAAUUUUACAAUCUUUAAAAAAGCUUUGUUGUUAAAGAACAUUAUUAUUAACUGGAACACCUAUUCAGAAUAAUACAGAAGAAUUAUUUAGUUUACUUAAUUUCAUAGAACCAUAUGAAUUUUCAAACUUAAUUUCUUUUAAAAGAGAAUAUGGAUAAUUGGAGACAUCAGAUUAAGUAGAGAAAUUGAAUGUAUUACUCAAACCAUACAUUUUGAGAAGAUAAAAAGAAGAUGUAGAAUAAAUGAUACCUCCAUUAUAAGAAACAAUUAUAGAUAUUGAAAUGACUACAAUAUAAAAACAUAUAUACAAAGCACUUUAUGAAAGAAAUAAAUCUAUGUUGGAAUAAGGAUUUUCUUAAUGGGCUGCUAAUGCUGCUUCAUUAAAUAAUUUAGAGAUUCAACUUCGAAAAUGUUGUAAUCAUCCAUUUUUAAUAUAAGAAAUGUAAAAUGAUUUGACAAAAGGAUGUUAAAAUAAAAAUGAUUAUAUUAAUAAAUUAGUUGAGAGUUCAGGUAAAAUGAUUCUUUUGGAUAAAUUAUUGAAUAAAUUUAGAAAUGAAGGAAAAAAAAUGUUGAUAUUUUCAUAAUUUACAAUGAUGUUAUCAAUAUUGGAAGAAUAUUUGAAAUUUAGAUAAGUAAAAUAUGAAAAGAUAGAUGGAUAGAUUAAAGCAAGAGAAAGAUAGAAUGCUAUUGAUAGAUUUAAUGAUCCAUAAAAAAAGAGAGAAGUUUUUUUAUUAUCUACAAAAGCAGGUGGAUAAGGUAUAAAUUUAACAGCUGCUGAAAUAGUAGUAAUUUAUGAUUCUGAUUGGAAUCCUUAAAAUGAUGUUUAAGCAACAGCUAGAGCACAUAGAAUUGGAUAAUCAAAAGAAGUUACUGUAUAUAGAUUGAUUACUAAAGAUACUUAUGAAGCAGAAAUGUUUGAAAGAGCAAUAAAAAAAUUAGGAUUAGAUUAAGCUAUAUUUAUGAGUGGAUAAUUUAAAUCAUGUGAAAGUUAAUUUAAAAAUAAUAAGAAUGAUAAAAAAAUGAGUAAAUAAGAUAUGGAAGUAUUAUUAAAGAAUGGAAUUAUAGGUUUGAUAAGUCAUAAUUAAAUUGGAGAUACAUUUUAAGAAAAGAAUAUUGAUGAAAUAUUAGAGAAGAAUUCAAGAACAGCAAAAUAUUCAUUAAUAAAUGGAACAUAUACUGUUUCAAAAUAAUCAUUUGUUUCUGAAAAAACAGAUAAAUCAAUAAGUAUUUAAGAUCCAAAUUUUUGGAAAAUAAUAUUAAAAAGUCAAGAAAGUAGAUGUUAAAAAUUAAUUAAAUUAUUUGAUAUACAUAUGUCAUUAUAAGAAUAAAAAAAAUAUAUGGAGGAAGUUGGAGAUUGUGUGAAUUAAUUAAUAGAAUCUAAAUUAAGUUAAUCUAAUUAUAGCACUGAUGAUGAAUAAAUAUUAACAGAUUUGUUGAAUAAAAUUAAUUCAUCAAAUUAUGCAAAAAAUUAUAGAGAAUUAGCUAUGAAUUGGAUAUAUGAAUUAAGUAAACCUUCAAGAAGAAUUAAAAAAUUAACAGAUAUGGAUUUAGGUAGAAAAUAACAAAGAACAGUUGAAAUUUAAGGGGAAGAUGCAAGAAGAUUGGCAUCAAAAAGUAAAGAAGAAUUAAUUAAAAAACUAUGUUAUGUAUGUGAAAGACCUAAUUGUUCUAUUUUUUGUAUGGGACAUUGUAGAAGGGCUUUCCAUAUAGCUUGUAAAGAUCUAUUAGAAACAACAGAAUAUAUCAAUAUUGAAGGACCUGAUUAAGAUUUUCUUAAUAAUCAUACAUUUCCAGAAUUAAAUUGGAGUGAAGAAUAAUUGAAAGAAAAUGUUAAUAUUAGAUAUUCUUGUCCUGAUUGUAGAAAUUGUUUAGUAGUUUGUUUAUUAUGUAAAACUAAAGGAACAUAUCCUCCUGAAAAGAAAUAGAAAGAAGAAAUAAUAGCAUCAUCAGAUGAAAAUGAUCCACUUGAAGAUAAUGUAAGGAAGAUCAAAAAUAAAUCAGCUAUUUCUAAAUGUUCUACAGCAAAUUGCAAUAGAUAUUUUCAUUUAAGUUGUAUUUAAGCUAAUCCAUUAUCUAAGACUCUAGAUUCAAAUGUAGAAUUAUUUAGAUGUCCAUCUCAUGUCUGUGUAUUUUGUAAAGUUAAUUCUUCUAAUACAACUACAGCUUUAAUCCAUUGUGUUAGAUGUUGUAGAUCAUUUCAUAGUAAAUGUGCACCUCCUGAAGUCAAAUCUAAGACUUAAAAGAUAGGCAAGAAGGUUAUGAUCUGUGAUUUGUGUGCUAAAUAAAAGGAAGAGAAAUUUGAGGGAAAGAUGAUUGUUAAAAUCUCAAUUAAAGGUUAUUAAAAAAAAUAGAAAUAAGCAAAAUUAGAUUUUAAAUAAUUUGGAACCACAGCUAGAACCAGAAGAAUUUUUGAGAAAAAAAAUGAAACCAUGCCCAAUGAUAGAAGAUAAUUAGAUUCCAGUAGAAGUAAUAGUCAAGAAAAAAUUGUAAAGAAGGUCUAAAGAAAACAAUUCAAAUAAGAUAUUCAUCCUUAUUCUUAUGAAGAAUUGGGCAUCAUUCCAGUUAAGUACUUUGAUUAUUCAAAGUAUACUAAUGUAAUAUAUUUCCUUUAUUAAAUUAGGAUUGGUGUAGAUAUUGUGGUGCAAGAUUUGCAUCUAAUUUUACCAAAGGUCCUUGGGGUUCCAGAACUCUUUGCACUAUACAUUAUAUCAAUUGGGGGUAGAAGAAACAAUUAGAUCUAUCUGAACAUAUUGAUUUGCCAAAAAGUCCAAUCAAUAGGGAUGAUCCUACUGAACUUUAAUUCCUUUAAAGGUUAAAAUUGUUUUUAUUUUAUAGAUAAAAAGCAAAAGAUCCAAACUUUGACCCCAGAAAAGAACUUAACAUCUACAAUGAUGAGUAGUAUCAAAUAUUUAACAAUGACUGAAUCAUGUAUAAUUAUGACAAAGAACUGCUAAAUUUGGUUCUCUUAUAGCCAC